UCAAGAGCAAAACAACUGUAGCCAGAAGGAAACUUUGACCCUCGUCGAAGGAGACAGACGGGUGACGUUUAUCUACUUAGCUAUUAAACAGUCGUGCAAAUAAUGGACUGUCUUUAAUUGGUGGUGAACUAUGCUGCAAAAAAUGUUGGAAACAGUGAUAUUAGGAAUAAUCCUCCUUGUGCAAGUUGCACAAGCUUCAAGAGGUGAUGCAUCAAAUGAAUACACAGGCUGUUAUCAUGUUUGCCAUUUUAAUAAUUGUACAUCAAGUCAGGAUGUAGCUGUAUAUGAAUCAUUACAGAGUCUAAGUGAAAAAGUCCUCCAGUGGUCCUGUGACGAUGAAUGUAGAUACAACUGCAUGUGGCAGACAACCAACGUAUUUGUUAGUAGAGGUUAUGAUGUACCUCAGUUUUUUGGCAAGUGGCCAUUUGUAAGAUUAUGGGGUAUGCAAGAGCCAGCAUCCGUAGUUUUCUCCAUUCUCAAUUUGCUAGCACAUGCUAUCGGUCUUCGUAAGUUUCGACAAUCGGUACCUCCCUUUGCUCCUCUCUAUAGGUUGUGGCAUGUUCAUGCUGUGAUAUGUAUUAAUGCCUGGACUUGGUCAGUGAUCUUCCAUGCCCGUGACACACCAUGGACAGAGCGUAUGGAUUAUUUUUGUGCCUUCUCCAUGGUUCUCUUUUCACUGUUUGGCCUGUUUGUAAGAUUAUCAGGUCCAAGGAGGUGGCGUAGAAAAGAAGUCAUCGCUGUUCUGUGUGGUCUGUUCUUCACUUAUCAUGUGUGGUAUCUUACUAGAAAGAAAUUUGAUUAUGGUUAUAACAUGAAAGUUAAUGUUUUUGUAGGCUUGCUUAAUGGCUGUGGUUGGAUAGCUUGGGCUGUGCCUCGUGUAGAGAAGAGACCAUAUGCACGGUGGUGUAUUUUCACAGUCGUGGGAGCUUUAUCGUCCAUGCUUCUGGAACUUGGAGAUUUUCCUCCUAUAUUUUGGGCUGUGGACGCUCAUGCGUUGUGGCACUUAGCAACAGCUCCUCUUCCAUUUAUUUGGUACAAGUUUCUUGAAAAUGAUUGUCUAUACUUGGCACAGAGAGGAUCUGGGCAUGAUUAUAAGAAACAAAUAUAAUUAAUACUACUUUAGCUUUUUCAAAUUAUGCUCAAUCUUUUUAUAAUGUGUGGUGUGAAGAAAGUGUGAUGAUUAUUUGUUAAAUUGUUAUCCCAAGUUAACCGACCUUUUCUUUAAUUGUUAAUGUGGUAGGUUUACAUGCUGAAGAAAGUUUAAUAUUUAUUGAAAAACAAAUUUAUAGCAAAAUAUAGGCAUAUUGUAAGGUAAAAGUUUUUAAUUACCAGUGAUAUUUUAAGGUUACAACAAUUUAAAUGUGAAGAAGUGACACAUUAGGUUUUGAUAAUGCACUAGAAUUUUAUGUGCAAACCUGAACUAAUUAAGAACUUUACACUACAGUAUUUCAUUAAUGCCAAAGUUUAUCAUUUAAGAAAUUUAGAUAUUUUGACAAGACAACCCUUUUCAAAGUUAUUCUAGAUUUGUAUCAGAAAACUGCAAAUGAUUAAUUAGAGCUUUGAAUUUGUUAGUGUAGUACCAGAAUCACAGUGUUUAGUAUUUUUUUUUUCCUCUGAGGUAUGGAAGUAUGUACAAUACCUUUUUGUUUUAAGUUAGAGGAAACUUACAUAAGUGUAGUGAUGCAUUUUCACCAUUUGGUGUUACCAUUAUGUAAUUCAUUUUGUUAAGCAGUUGUUACUUUCCUGUGACUUAAAUUUAAAUUUUGUAGGAUUACAUUUUUAAAAAUUCAUUUGCCGAUCUGUGCAGCUGCAUAUUGUAGGUUUUCAUCUAGGUAAAUUCAGAAGUUAGUAUUCUUAUUGUUUUGGGACUCAGACCAAAUUCAUCAUUGAAGGUAACUAACAAGAGUACAAUAUUGUUCAAAAUUUGUUUUAAAGAUUGACUGGUUACAUGCCAAAGUUUUUAUAUCUUAUCUGAGGCUGGAGAGUUCAUAGUUAUAUGCUACUCAACCUCCCUUAAUCCUAAUAGAUAUAUGCUACUCAACCUCGCUUAAGCCCAAUAGAUUUAUUUGUCAGUUGCAUUAUAUAAUAAGCGUAGUUUUCAGUUGCAUAAGGUGACAAUUGGGUAAUUGUUAAAUAAUUAUGGUGGAACUCAUUUUACGGUUGUUGAGAUUUUGAAUUUUGAUGUACAGCUGCUCUCAUAAUUAUGAUUUGAAGAAAUGCUCAACAUGUGUUAUAUUAAACCAUGUUAUCUUGAUCUCAUAGAGUGCCCCUUGGAUGGGGUGGACUGUAUUCAAUAGUUUCACUCUUAUGAUCUCAUAUACUGUUUAACAAUCUUCUUUAUAACUAACAUACUUAAAAGAAAUAGAGUAGAACUGUGUUAGUCUUUUCUUAAAAUUACAAAUCUUAGGACACCACAUGGAAGACUUGUUAUUGAAUGUGUGCAGUGUUUUGGCCUUUUGGGCUUCAAGGAGCUGAGAAUAAAAUUUGGUUAUUAAGAUUAUAUUUGAGUAAAUUGAGACCUAUUGUUAGUUUUGACAUUUAAAUGUUCUAAGCAUUCAAAAGAGAUCAAUUUAGUUCUAGGGCAGUUGUAUUAAGAAAGUUUCACAGUAUACAUACAGAGCAUUUGCAUUAAGAAGUGUGAAGAUGCUGUAGUAAUAAGAGAAUUUGAUGCAAGUAGAUAUUUCAUGGUUUGUAUGUAUAUUAAUGUCAACACAUCAUGAAAAGUUUACUGACCAUUUUUCUGGGGGUUUAAUGUGCAGAUUCAACAUAUAGUUCUUUGCUAAUGUGGUGUUUCAUAUGUGCAAUAGUUCUUUGCUAAUGAGGUGUUUCAUAUAUGCGUCAUAGUAUUAUCACCACUAAAACAACUCUGCUUGAAUACUGGUCCACUAUUUUUGCAUGUCUGAUGUUGUAGAGAUGAUUUUGACUGCUUGUCAUUUUGAGUGUGUGUUAUCAAAUAUCUUGAACUGUUGAGGCAUGUUAGAAUUGUCAUUCUGGUUGUGGGUAUCAAAAUUAAAGUUACUCUACUCAAAAGAUUUCCUUAUUUACUUUAUGAAUUCAUUGGUUCAUUGUUGUUUUUAGAAAAGUGAUUUUUAACCCACUCAGUGCCUAAGUUAUGUAUGAUGAGUAUUGUAAAGUACUUUUUUAUCAAAAGGUUCCUUCAUUUUGAUUAUGGGCCUUAAAUUGUUUAGUUGCUGUAAUAUUUAAUUGAAUAUAUAAGUUCAAAUACCCAUAUACCAAAUAUGUAAUUUUUAGCAAAUGAAAUGAAGAUACUUUAUAACUUGUAGCUAUUAUAUAUGAUGACAUUAAAAAACAGUGCUUUUGAUACAAUAGAAUAGUUUAAGAGUCUUCUGACCAUUACAUGGAACCUUGUAAAUACAGUGUUUGGUAUGGUGUAAAGGUUUUGUGUGCAGGAAGUGCUUUGUUAUUUUUUUGUUGUGUACUAUAUAGUGUACUAUGUUAUAUAGAUGUGUGAUGUUAUGUACAGUUCUUGUGCAGGUGUGGAUGUUAAACUCGAUAUGCCUGUUGUAUGUAUAUUGUUAUGUAAUUAUGUUAUAUUGUUUAAAAAGUUUAUAUUCAGUGUAGUAGGGUCACAUUCCACUUUAAAAGCUGGGUUCAUGGUUUUAUACUAACAGGUUAUGCUGUUUCUGUUCUGCUUGCUUGUAAAAUAAUACUACUGGUCAACUAUAGGAGUUCUGUGGAAUUUCAUUGUAGUUUUGAGGAACAGCCUUCUGGCCGUUACAUUUAUGAGGCAAUUGAUCUUUUUAAACAAGUUUUAUCCAAUAGGGAAGGCAUGUGUACAGUACCUUGUUUGGUAUGCUGUUGAUGGUAGUGAAGGCUCCUUGCAUUCUUCCUCAGCCCCAGUUGCGUUGCUAUAUUGAUGGUGGUAAACUGGUUUUUUUUUCUGAUGACUGCUUUUUGUAAAAUCAUGUACAAUCAUUUUUACUAUUGAAUUUGGUAUGAUGGAGUGAUAUUGACUAUUGACCAUUUAGUGUAUAUACAGCAUGAAUUAUCAGAGUUGGAUCCCAAUUGCUAUGUCCCAUAUCUGUCUCUCCAUGUGGAUUCUUUUAUUUCUAACCUUGUCAAGGGUAAUGGUUGCCUGUCUUUUUUGUCUACAAAUAAAGAAAAUACUUGAAUUAGAGCAAAUUGGAUCAUAUAACUAUGGUAUUACAGAAACAAAACUCAGUACUAUACAUAUGUAGAGUACUCUUAACAUUUAUGGAUGAGAGGUGUUCUUAAAACUUUUAGUGAUAUGGUUUUUCAUAUUACUUGCUAAACUUUCAGUAUACUGCAUCUUUGAACUUUUUUGGGUGAGAGAUCAGUUUCUUGAACAUUAAACGCAUUCUAUCCCCUCGGGAAUAACCUAUACAGUAAGCCUUUAGUGCUUCCAGUUUAAUGGCAAUAAAGGAUUUUUUAAAUAUCUUCUCAGCCUUGAGCAACCUUGUUCCUGCAUUUGACUUUUCAAUCAUUCUCUCUGUUCUUUUUGUUUAGUUGUCCAGCCUCUGUAACUAGUUUUCCCUUCUCAUUCAAAGAUGAAUCAUUCAUAUUCAAGGAAUUGAACUCUCUGGGCUUAUAAAACUAAUUUGAUAUAAUAAAAAUCAUUCAUCUGUUAAUACCUUUAUUAGAUAUAGGUAAUUUUUGUCAUUUUGAAUGUUAUAUAUUUAACCUGAGUCAUCCAAGUAUUGGGACACAAGCAAUGUUUACCACACAGGAUAUACAGUAUUAGUUAAUCUAAUAGAAUAUUUGAUUAAGCAUAUAAAAUUUGCAAACAAAAGAGAGCUUGAGGUAGAUUUUACACUUUCAGAAGGAACAGACAAUUGUGAGAAUAUAAACUGAACUGAAGAAGACAACAAUGAAAAAAAUCUUUUGGAUAGUUCUUUGGUUUUGACUUGAAAAAAUAUUCCAACAAGAAUAGAAGUCUGUUAGACCUUGAACUACUGAAGUUACAUUCUUGCUGAUAGUCAAUUAGAAUAACUGGUGUUACAUUGUUGAGGAAAAAAAAAAAAAAACUUAGUUGAAAUUGAAAUAUUGCACUUGUGAUGAAUUGAAAUCUCUGUAGUCAGAGGUUGUUAUACAAGACAUUUCAAUCUAGGGUUUCGUUCAUUUGUAAAGGUAGCCUUUCCUUGACCGAGCAAGGUUUCAUUUGCAAGGAAAAAAAGGUAUUGGAUGGAAGUUGUAUAGAUAACUGAGAAAGUUGAAGGCUAAUAUAGAAGCUGUGAUUCAUCAGAUUUAAGAAUUAAUCCUUUUGUGGCUUUAUGAUCCAUUUCAAUUAAUAAGAUUACUUUGCAUUCCUAUUGAAACUAUUGUUAGCUAGGAGACAUUAUUAAGGUAUCAGUAUAUAGAGAAACCUUUUGGACUGACCGUAGGUGAGUUAAUAACUUGAACUCACCGGUAUAGCUUUACUACUUAAUACAGGUUGAUCCAUAUUUCAAAGCAUUAUAUUCAUUACCAGAAAGACUGAAUCAUUGUUACAGUGAGCAGUUUUCAUUCAUCACUGAACUAUCUUAUACUCUUGUUUCUCAUAUAGCUUUGGAUUAUACUAAUGCUUAUACAAUCUAGGGACAGAAUCCUCUUGGCUGCUAUAUUUCUUAGAGUUAAUUCCACAUGAAGUAUAAACUGUAUCAUAAUAUAUCAGUAUAAAAGGAAAAUUUUUAUAUGAUAAUUUUUAACUGUAUAAGGAUACAUAUUUGGUUUGGUUUGAGUAGAUUUUAAAUUUUAAUGAUGGUUGAUAUGCAGGACUAGUGCAUAUCUGUGCACUGUGUACUUACUAGCACGCAUGUUUAAAAGAUAGAGUAUGCAAAAUAUUUUUCUAAUUUUUUAUUCUAGCUCCUGACAGUAACAUACUUGUAUUUGGGUAUACUAGCUUAAAAUCAUCAGUUUUUGCCUAUAGUAUUAAAUAUAAAAUCAUUAUACCAAAAAGGUGCUCUAAACUAGCCCCAAGUAUUAUAAUUUUUUUUAUGAAAUGGAAUUCCUGUCAGCAAUAUUUUUUUUUAUGCCGAGGAGAGUAUUGAUAUGUUUCCAGAAUCCAGUCUUUGUUUGUACUCAUCAAGAGGGCAUUUGUGUUUGAGAUACACAUCUGAGUAUAUAGCUAAAUUUCAGUGUUUAUCAAAUUUUGAAUAAUUGCAUUAUACUGAGGGAACAAAAAUGUGCUUUGAAUUGCUCCCAUGUGAUUAUCAUGCCUCAGAUGUUCAUGAAACAGGAUUCCAUCUGUGUCCCUUGGAUCGUAUUAUCUUGCGGCCAGCCCUAUAACCAUGAAGAAUGCUGACUCAGUGGUGUGAUGAAGUUGUCUAAUGAUUAUAACUGAAAGAAUUGUGCAAGUAGUAGUAUUUGCAGGGAUGCUGAGGCUUUGAUGGGUUUUAAGCAUUAUAUUUCAGGGCUUCAUCAUUUUAAAAACCCAUAAUUAUUGCAAUUGUUAAUGUUCAUAGUGUUGUAGAGGUCUUUUGAAUACUUUUUAUAGCAUUUUUGAUAUUCCUAUAGCUGUGUCUAUAUAUUCCCAUUUGUGAUGUAUGUAUCUUUCCCAUGUGAUUUUAUUUUUAUGCUCGUACGUAAGCUAGCAUUACAAUGUUAUCCAGGUUCUAAAAUCUAUAAAUUCUACUAUAUCCUGUUAUUAAAGAUAUUAACAUAU